GUAGGCUGCAAUCACAGUGCGAAAAUGCCAGCCAUCUUACUGGAGAGGAUUCCUUUGCCUAGCCUGCAGACGUACACAGCCUUCAGUACAAUUCUGUUGGCAUGUGCACUCUUCUACACGCAUCAGACGGUCACGUCCACUCCAUUCGAAAGUCUGGAACAUGAAGAUGCAGCUCCAAUCCAAACUGAGAUCCCGGUAACAGAGAACCUGAGUGAAGAUGAUCCCGAGAUCGUGAUCUCUGACCCAUGGAACACCACAUUACCCUACGACUCCUACGAGUGGAACUUCCUGUUUGUCAUGACAACUCAGGCAUGGUGUGUUUGGACCCUGGUAAAUACAGCCUAUUGCUGCCUGAUCCUCUUGGGCAAGCUCAUUCAGCGCAUGGUGUUUGGGGAACUCCGAGUCAGUGAACAACAGCACCUGAAGGACAAAUUCUGGAACUUUGUGUUCUACAAGUUCAUCUUCAUCUUUGGUGUGAUGAACGUUCAGACGAUGGAGGAGGUUGUGCUGUGGGUGGCUUGGUUCUCCGUCCUUGGCUUCUUCCACCUCCUCACACAGCUCUGCAAGGACAGGUUCGAAUACUUGUCAUUCUCCCCAACCACGGCCCGGUACUCCCACGUGAAGCUCCUCAGUCUGCUAUGGGUGAUCCUGGUAUCGUGUGGAGGCCUGCUCCUCGUGUGUGUCUAUGUCGGACUGCAAGUUGGACUGACUAUACUGGCCUUCAUGGCGGCUGAGUGCUUGCUGCUUGGAAUCAGGGCUCUGUAUGUGGUUGUGAGGUACAUCAUCCACCUGUGGGACAUGAGCAAGGAGGGUGUGUGGGAGAACAGAUCCAUGUAUGUGUACUAUGCGGAACUCGUCUUUGAAUUGGCCGCCCUCUCCAUCGACUUCUGUCAUCAUUUACACAUGCUGCUGUGGGGAAACAUCUUCCUGAGCAUGGCCAGUCUGGUGAUCUGCAUGCAGCUACGCUACCUGUUCUAUGAGUUCCAGAGACGGGUGAAGAGACACAAGAACUACCUACGUGUCGUCAAGAACAUGGAGGCCAGGUUCCCCAUGGCAACACAGGAAGACCUGGAGCAGAACAAUGACGACUGUGCCAUCUGCUGGGAGAGGAUGGAGUCGGCCAGGAAGCUGCCCUGCGGCCAUCUGUUCCACAAUUCCUGUUUACGAUCCUGGCUGGAACAAGACACUUCUUGUCCAACCUGUCGCAUGCCACUGAGUGACAGUCCACGUGAGAGACAAAACGUGCCACAAGGGGUGCCCCCUGAAACAGGGAAUACUGGGGCACCACCAGCGCCACCAGCCAACCAGGCAACCACGAAUCACUUCUUUCAUUUUGAUGCAUCUCGCUAUGUGAGCUGGUUGCCGAGUUUCUCGGUGGAGGUGACUCACACCAACCUGUUGCCAGGACAACAGCAGGCACGGGUGUCCCCCACCUCCCAGCUAGAUAACAUGGCUAGGCAGGUGCAAGCAGUAUUUCCUAACAUGCCUCUGGCUACCAUUGUGGAUGAUUUAGGAGCUACUCGGUCAGUGAACCUGACCAUAGACAACAUUCUGGAGGGAAGACUUGUAGCUCCACCAACACCAGUACUUGCCAACAGGCCCAGUGUUGACAAUGACACCGAUGAUGAACAGAAUAUGCAGCAGAUAGCUGUGCCGUCCACAGUGUCUCGGACAGGGCUCAUGGGAUUGAGGGCUGCAUUGGCUGACACCCAUCAGUUAGUUGAGGAUAACUUGGACAGACAGCCAGGCCCCCUGUUGGCUCAGGCUGAGGCCAUAGUUAAUAACUCUGGGGACUUUAGACACAGUGAGGAUGUACCAUCACCAUUAGGAGGAAGGUUUUCCAAAUCUGCAUCUGAGAGAAUGUCAAUGUUAGAACACAGAAAAACAUCCAUGGUUGAUCAAGCCAGAAGGAAAUACCUUCAUAAGAACAGACACAGUGCAGAAGCAUGUGAUCAUUCAUCAGGGUCUGAUCAGUCGGACGACCCCAGGUCACAACAGCGUGAGGUGAUAUUUCAGGCAGCUCAACGCAGACUUAACUCCUUAACCCACUCUCAGUACAGCUGAUAACGGAGCUCCAUCAUCUGUAUAUACUUUGUGUACAAAGUACUUCUUCGGAAUUAUUUCUGGCCUGGAGUUUACAGUAUUUGUGAUAUUUCAUUUUUGUCGGUGCUGUCUAUUUUUAGACAUGCCUUAAAUUAUGCAUUGGUUUUCAUUGUAAGAUUUAAUAGGCAUCCAAGCUUACCUUUAUCCCAGAUUUUCUGUCUCCUUUCUUAUGAAUGUGUAACUAAAGACCCUUUGGAUCAUAAGUUGACUCUUAACAUAAUGCAUUGAACACACUGUUCAGAGUUCUGUCCCUUGCUGCAAGGACCCACCGAUUGGGGGUUCAAGGUCUAGAUGUGAUCCUCAUUCUGUCAGUCCUAUGUAUUUGUAAGUGUCAUCAAAAUGGAAAACAUGGUAAACAUUUUAUAAUCCAUAACUAGCUUCCACUGGAGAUAUCGUAUCACAGUUCUUUGCAAAUAAUUGUGACAUAAUAAAAUUUCAUUUCUUGGGUCCUUUUUUGAAAUAUGUAACAGGGAAGCAUGUUAAAUAUUUUAGUCCUGUCUGGUUAAUUUUCUUGAAAAUUCAAGUUUUCCAUCCUGUAUUUUGUUCAUUGGGUCCCAAUGUUUUCAAAUCUUCUCUGAAGGUGACUGGAUGCCUGAGCAUCACAAGAAGAAAGUUGAUGCAGGAUUAAAUGUGUGGUACUAAUCGAGCGUUUUCAUGGCUUGCAUAUACUGUGUAGCUCAACAUAAUGUACAACUGUGUGAUAAAGAUAUGUUCAUGUAAUAUAUUCGUAUAAAUAAUCUCAUCAAUUAUCAUCAUCUUACCGCUUGUCUCACGAGAUGAAGGAAUUAAUGUCUGUACAUUACUUUCGAUGUUGUUGACAAUCUUUGUGUAGAUUUGAAGCUGUUAAUGAACAAAUAGUCAGAUUUAUAUGGUGUCCAAAUACAUAUUUGAAUGGGGACUGUUUGACAUUAUUACAGAGCACUAAAGUAAAGUUUAAGAUAGGUCAACCUGGGUCACUUCGCCAUAGAAUGAUGCGAUCUCACAAUUGCGAUUUUCCUUAUCCAAGUGUAAGUGAUCUCACAGAUGUCUGUGUCAGAAGGGGCGGGGGGGUAGUCUAGUGGAUAAAGUGUUCGUUCGUCACAGCAAAGAUCCGGGUUCAAUUCCCCACAUAGGUACAGUGUGUGAAGCCCAUUUCUGGUGUCCCCGGCUGUGAUAUUGCUGGAAUAUUGAUUAAAGUGGUGUAAAACCAUACUCACUCACUCGAUGUCAGAAACUGCUUGCAGACAUUUCAGAGAUUUAAUAAGUUGUACAAAGCUUGCUCAAUAAUUAUCAAGAACCUGAUGAAAUAAUUUUUUAGAUGAUUAAAAUAGACUAAUUUCCUAUGCAGAUGAACUUCCCCACCCGAUGGUGGCAUACCAAAAAUGUGUAUACAGUAUAAUAAACUGUUGUUGGGUAAAGUUUGUAUUAUUGUACAACCAAAUUAUCAUGACUACUGAACAGAUUGCUUUAAGAAUUAUUUAUAUCAUAAUGCUCUUGAACGUAAUUAUAAUUACCAGAUGCACCUCCUCUUUCCAAAACGAUGUAUCCCCGCAUGUAUAAUUCACAGUCUGUUGUCAGAACUGCCAGAACUAUGACUGAAACUGAUCCAACAAACUAACUGAAAGCCAUUUCACAUUCAUCUGAUUUGGUUGCUACAUGUCUCAUGAGAAGAAUAUUAUUACUCAACUUUUGAUAGGGAUACUGGAACUGCAGAAUGAAUGAAUGAAUGAAUGAAUGAAUGAAUCCAUUGUCCAGGGUAAUAAUACAGCACAUGUGCAUUCACUUAGUGAAUGGAAUCAGAUGCAUUAUACAUGGAAUUUGUAUUAUCAGCUUUAUUAUAAUUAACCAGGCGUGUACAUGUAAAGCAUGUUGUUAUAACAAUUAUGUUCCUUGUUAUGUUGUCAUUAAAUGCCUCCUGUGAAGGACUAAUAGAUGUAUAUUACUCAAAACAAGCGAGACAACACCUAUUUUUUUCAAAGACUAUAGUUUGCCAGGUGGCGUUCUUCAGGUGUUCCUUAAUUUCUUUUGAGUGGUAUAUUUGUUGUAGCUGUUAUGAAUAUGUAAUAUGUGCAGAUCUGUAAAGGCUUACCAGUGAUCUUUUACAUUGUGUCCAGUUUACUUUUGUUUUCCUAAUGCUAACUUUGGAUAUAAGAGAUCUAUAAAAUUUGCAUGUCACUUCAAAUAUCUGCUUUUCUAAUAACGUAAAAAAUUAAUGCAAACAUAUGCAUUAGACCUAUUUUACUACCUUGAAUUGUCCUGAACUGAUUGAUGUGAUUUUGAUUUAUUUAUUAUUCUUACUUGUUUCAUGCAAUUUCUUGUUAUGAAUUCAUCAUAUUUUGUUCUGAAAGUGUCAUUUUGUUUUGAAACUUGUUUUUGCUGGUUUGAAAAUAAUCAAAUUCUUACAAUGAGGAAACCAUGUUUCCUCCUUGAUGCCAUUUGGCCAGUUUGUUAAUCAGUCAAAGAUUUCUGCACACUGGAAGAUGCAUUUGUCCUGCAUGUCUCCGAAAGCCAUCUUGUUGACUCUUUACAAUCUGACAGUGUUUUCUAAUUGAACACAGGGAUUAUCUGGAGUGGCUUAUUGAAGUCGUGUUGUUAUUUUAUGUACCCAGAUAAAGUUUUAACAUACCAUUAGAGGUAUUCAAUAAAUUAUUUUUGUGUCACUAACAA